AUGUAUCGCGAUAUUCAACGUAACCACCCUUUUAUCUCAAGCCUCCAAUGCAUCGCCAAAUUGAUUGAAAUCCGCAGUCCACUCGGGCCCGGGACUAUAAAGGAACUUCUCCCUCCUCGAUCAAACUCUCCUUCCUUGACCCAGACACCAUCGACAAUUCCCACUUGGAUCCAAGUGAAAAGCGGGUUUCCUCCCAAGAUGGCGCCCUCCGCGGGAAAACCAUCCAAGCCCAAGAAUGCCUCCACCAGAAAACCCGCCAAGGCCAAGGCCAAGAAGACCAAUGGCGACCAGGCAGAUGAUACAGAGAACGCAGAGAACACCACCAUUGAUGCCGACUUUACGCCCAUCCUACGAUGCGAAGGGGUUGCUGAAUGGCGUUCAAGCGACGUCGCAAACAAGUUUGGUGUUGGAGAGACCGCUAUCCUUACUCCGGACGAUGACCAGGCCGCGAUCAAGCGAAACAAGAAAACUUGGGACAAUACCGGACAUGGUGACGGAGUCCAUGUAUUGCUCAAGUGGAACAUGUAA